AUGGUGUGCGCGGCUCGGGGCGGGGGCUACAGCGGCGGCCCCCGGCCCAGCCUCCGCCCCAUGGCGUGCGGCACGGUCUCUAUGGCGACUGCAGAGCCGGGCCGGCCCGCGGGGAGGGGUAACGGCAGCACGCAGGCGGAGGGCGCUCAGCGGGUCACGGGGUGGCUCGUAGCGCUCCCCAUGGGGGUUGAGCCCCUCGCCGAGGCCGCCGCCAUCCCUGCGGCACUGCCGGCCGGAGCCCGGCCGCGCUCACCCGCGCCGCCGCCUCCGCGCUCGCCCUUCCUCGGCCGCGGCGCCACCGAGCCCGCUGUCCCCGGGGCACCGCCCACAUCCCAUUUCCGGAGCGGUGAUUGGGCAGCUGCCGCGAUUCCUCACGGGCGAUUGGCUGUCAGCGCGGUCAAUCCGGGCGCCGGGGGCGGGCGCACCUGGACGCGGCGCUGUGCAGUGCGGGGUUGGCUGAGCCGGCGAGCGCCGGUCCAGCCGCGGCCGCCUCCGCGCAGCCCCAGGGCCGAGCUGCGGGAUGAGCACCGGAGUUCCCGUUCCCCAUGAGCUUCCGAGGGGCAGCUCCUGUGCGGGGGUCGGCGCUGGCCCUGGGCGCUCGCCGCCGCAAGGCCGCUGCCGGCGGGAAGCUGGGUUCUGGUUGCGGUGCCGCCUCCGCCUCGGCAGCCGGGCUCGGCCGCGCUGUCCGCACCUGGGCGGGCUGCCCGGGGCCUGACGGGCGCCGGCCGCUGCCCGGCCGCGGGUGGGGCGAGAGGGAUGAGGAAGGAGAGGCCGGGGCGGGGCAGGCGGGUGGCCGCGCAUCGCCGCCAGGACCUCUGCCCCUUCGGGGGCACAGCAGGGCUGUCACCCUUGGGCUUCGCGCAGUGACUGUAGGAAACGGUGGAUGUGAUGUGUCCCGUGCCUAGGUGAGUACGGCCUUCGAAGGAAAGGCUUCCCGUUCUCACAGGUGACUCCUCACUGCAGGCGAGACCCUCGAGACUCGUGAGGCCACGGAGCAGGCACUCCUGGUGGGUGCCAUCAUCGCACUCCAGCCCACAGGACGCGUUCGCAGGCCACAGUGCCAGCCCGGAGGCUGGAUCCGCCUGGCAGAGCAGCGCCCAGGACAGGCCUGUGCUGCGGGAAGGAGGAAGUACAGAUUUGCUGUGCUCACAGCAGCUUGUGUGAAGUGAGUAAAUACACCGUAGUGUUUCUCUCAUGGGAAGUUUCCUUAAGCGGGGAAAAAAAUAAAAAGUGCCUUUAUUUCCCUACUGCCAGCUGGAUAAGAAGAUAGUGUGAAUAAUUGAAGCCCAUUUUUCAUUAAUCACAAGGAGAUCAUAGUUAAAAAGUAAGAUUAGGAAAGAGUAUCUCCUCCUGCUACUUUAUGAAAAGGAAAAUUUUAGCUCUGGUAGUUUAUAAGUGAGUUACCCCGAAGUGGGAGCUGUGUACCAAACCUAGCAGUGAACCCAAACAGUUGCGAGUUGCUCAGUGUCAGUUUCAGGAAGAUGAUUCUUCAUUGACAAAGUGAAUUGCCUCAACCAGUGGGCCACCAGUCAUAGUGGUGUGGAUAAGCACUGGUGAUGAGAGUAUAUUUCUCUGUAUGUAGUGAAUGCAUAUGUGUAUUAUGUGUCCUAACAAUUGAAGCAGAUAAUAAGAAAGCUGGUGGAGUGAAGAAAUGUUCAUUUUGUGAAUGGAAAUGAACCAAUGUUGAUGGGCAUAGGUGGAGAGAGUUGCUUUUUUUAUACACAAUAGUGCAUAUAUUCCUGGGUUAGGGAGUUAUGGGUUUUGCUUACCUUUAAAAGGCACUUACAAUUUCUCAGAUGGAAAAUAUUCAACUGGAACUUCAUAUUCCUUCAAACUUGUCUUAAAGGCAUUGCAAAGCUGACAGUUAUUCUAGCAUAAGCAGCUCUUCUUAUGCAUCAAACAAAUAAUGCCUAAAGUAGGCAGUGUUUUUCCUCACAGAUGAUAACUGAAGGUAGGUAAAUACCCUAACCACCUCUUAAUUUAAGUAAUUAGUUUUGCCAACAAAACUCACUGCAUGCUAGAUGUAAUGAGGAGCUCAUGAGUCCAUUGUGAAGAGUACUUUAUUGUUCCCCAAAUAAUUGACAUGUUGCCUGAGGUGUACAGUUCUUCAGGAGAAUUUUCUGAUUCAAUUAAAGAGAAUGGAAAGGCCUUAACAAACUUGUUUAUCUGGUUUGUCUGUUUACCUGUUCAUCAUUUCAGAUCCAGAGGGCAUAGUUUCUCUCAUCACUUUGGAAAUUCACAAGUUAAUUCAUUAUCUAAUACAAUUGACAUGCACAUAAUCAUGGGAUUCCCAUGUACAUGGGAAUCAUGUACACCAAGGUGUACAUGUCUUUUUGCAUGCUGAAAAGACCAAAUAGCCUUUCCUUCAUCGUUACUUGAAGUACAGUGAGCUGUAAGUUUCCAAAUUACCACAUGCUCUUCAUAAGCAGAAAAAACCUAGAUGGUUCGAAUAAAAGUCAAGCAGAGAAAAAAAUAAACUAAAACUGUAUCUUUUCAAAAGGAAAAUCUGUUUCCACUUAUGUGAAGGAAGUCCUUAAAGAAAAGAUCGAAUCUUUUUUAAAUCACUGCUCCAGAAAUACACCAAGAAGUCCUUCAAGGCUUUCUGUUCUACUAUUUUAGGUUCAGAGAUGUUGCUUCCUGUGCUUUGCCAGUGAGGAGGUGCACAAGAAUGGAGGGGAUCAUGGCCAUGACAGCUGACCCAAACUGUUCAAAUGGAUAUUUCACACCACAGAACAUCAUGCCCAGUAUAUUAAUGGGGAAAGAGUUGGCCAUGAGGCAUCAAUGGCUGCUGGGAGACAGGCUGGGCAUCAGUGGGUGGUGAACAAUUGUAUUGUGCAUCUCUUGUUUCUAUUGGAUUUUACUUCUCUCUCCAUUACAAUUAGUAGUAGUAGUGUCUAAUUGUUAAUAUCUUUUAUAUUUUGUUUCAAUUAUUAAAUUGUUUGUAUCUCA